AAGGGCCGCCUGCCAGCAUCGCCGCCUCGCUCCCGCUGACAGGGCGGGAGCGCGGACCCCGCAGGUCCCGGCCUCGGCCCCGCCCCUAGACCCCCGAGCCAGGCCGCGCACAUGGGCUAGGGGGUGGCGAAGAUGUUCAGCUUCGAGGGUGACUUCAAGACGCGGCCCAAGGUGUCCCUCGGCGGCGCGAGCAGGAAGGAAGAAAAGGCUUCUCUUUUACAUCGCACCCAGGAAGAAAGAAGAAAGAGAGAGGAAGAAAGGCGGAGAUUGAAAAAUGCAAUAAUUAUCCAGUCAUUUAUUCGAGGCUACAGAGACAGAAAACAGCAAUACUCCCUCCAAAGAAGCGCAUUCGAUCGCUUUGCCAACGAGGCACAGUUGGGUGGCACCUUCUCCCUUGCCAGUGGCCCCAGCCUUACUCUCCUGGUGAGGCAGCUUCUGUUCUUUUACAAGCAGAGUGAAGACUCAAAGCGUUUGAUAUGGCUGUACCAGAACUUAAUCAAACACAGCUCUGUGUUUGUCAAGCAGUUGGACGGAUCUGAGAGACUGACAUGCUUGUUUCAGAUCAAGAGGCUGAUGAGUCUCUGUUGCAGGUUGUUGCAGAAUUGUACUGAUGACAGCUUGAAUGUUGCUCUCCCAAUGCGGAUGCUCGAGGUGUUUUCCUCUGAGAACACUUACUUGCCUGUCCUGCAGGAUGCCGGCUACGUGGUGUCAGUCAUUGAACAAAUAUUGCACUACAUGAUUCACAGUGGGUAUUAUAGGUCUCUUUAUUUGCUGAUUAACAGCAAGCUUCCAUCAAGUAUUGAAUAUUCUGAUUUGUCUCGAGUUCCUAUAGCAAAAAUUUUGUUGGAGAAUGUCCUAAAACCAUUGCACUUUAUGUACAACUCCUGUUUAGAAGGUGCAAGGCAGCAAGUUUUCUCGGCCUUCACAGAGGAGUUUCUGGCAGCACCUUUUACAGAUCAGCUCUUUCACUUCGUCAUCCCGACACUAGCAGAUGUACAGACCGCUUUCCCUUAUGAGCCUUUUCUGAAUGCACUGUUGUUACUAGAAAGUAGAUGUUCAAGCAGGAGUGCUGGAGCACCGUGGCUUUUCUAUUUUGUUUUAACUGUUGGCGAAAGUCAUUUGGGGAUGCUCUCCGAGGAGGGCCUGCUGGUGUACCUGCAUGUGCUCCAGACUUUCCUUUCCCAGCUGCCUGGCUCGCCUGCUGGUGCCAACUCCCACGAUACCUCCAGUGACUCUGAGGAUGAGAGUGAGGAAGCCAACCAGCGUGCCAGCCCUGAGAAUGGCCGGCUGUCCACUCCCUACAUCACCGAGGAGUGUCUCAAGAAGCUGGACACAAAGCAGCAGACCAACACCCUGCUGAACCUGGUGUGGCGGGACUCGGCCAGUGAGGAGGUCUUCACACGGAUGGCCUCCAUCUGCCACACACUAAUGGUGCAGCACCGCAUGAUGGUGCCCAAAGUCAGGCUUCUCUACAGUUUAGCCUUCAAUGCCAGGUUUCUGCGGCACCUUUGGUUUCUUAUCACUUCCAUGACUACACGGAUGAUCACAGGGUCCACAGUGCCAUUGCUCCAGGUGAUAUCCCGGGGUUCUCCCAUGUCUUUUGAAGACUCAAGUCGAAUCAUCCCACUCUUUUACCUCUUCAGCUCUCUGUUCAGUCAUUCGCUGAUUUCCAUACAUGAUAACGAAUUCUUUGGUGACCCCAUAGAAGUCGCAGGUCAGAGACGAUCUUCCAUGAUGCCUUUCACGCUGGAGGAGCUGGUCGUGCUGUCUCGCUGCCUUCGAGAUGCUUGCCUGGGGAUCAUCAAGCUGGCCUACCCAGAAACAAAGCCAGAGGUUCGGGAAGAGUACAGCGCAGCCUUCCGGAGCAUCGGCGUCACGACUAGCUCUGAGAUGCAGCAAUGCAUUCAGAUGGAACAGAAGCGCUGGGUUCAGUUGUUCAAGGUUAUCACCAAUCUAGUGAAAAUGCUGAAGUCCAGGGAUACCAGGAGAAACUUUUGUCCUCCAAAUCACUGGCUGUCAGAACAAGAAGACAUUAAAGCAGAUAAGGUCACCCAGCUGUACGUGCCAGCGUCUAGACACGUGUGGAGGUUCCGUCGGAUGGGGAGGAUCGGCCCACUGCAGUCCACUCUGGAGGUGGGAGUGGAGUCACCACCACUGUCGGUGUCUGAGGAGCGGCAGCUCGCCAUCCUGACAGAACUGCCCUUCGUGGUCCCCUUUGAGGAGCGUGUGAAGAUCUUUCAAAGGUUGAUUUAUGCAGAUAAGCAAGAAGUUCAAGGAGAUGGUCCAUUUCUGGAUGGAAUUAAUGUCACAAUAAGAAGAAACUAUAUUUAUGAAGAUGCUUAUGACAAACUUUCCCCAGAAAAUGAACCUGAUUUAAAAAAGCGAAUCCGUGUGCACUUGCUCAAUGCCCAUGGCCUGGAUGAAGCCGGAAUCGAUGGUGGUGGUAUUUUCAGAGAGUUUUUAAAUGAACUCCUGAAGUCAGGAUUUAACCCCAACCAGGGGUUCUUUAAGACUACUAAUGAAGGGCUUCUGUACCCCAGCCCUGCUGCUCAGAUGCUUGUGGGAGACUCUUUCGCCAGACAUUACUACUUCCUGGGCAGGAUGCUGGGAAAGGCUCUCUAUGAAAACAUGCUGGUGGAGCUGCCCUUUGCUGGCUUCUUCCUGUCUAAGCUGCUGGGGACCACCGCAGACGUGGACAUCCACCACCUGGCCUCCCUGGACCCUGAGGUCUACCGGAACCUGUUAUUCCUCAAGAGCUAUGAGGGGGACGUGGAGGAGCUCGGGCUCAACUUCACCGUGGUGAACAACGACCUGGGGGAGGCCCAGGUGGUUGAACUGAAAUUUGGUGGGAAAGAUAUCCCUGUAACCAGUGCCAACCGCAUUGCCUAUAUCCAUCUGGUGGCUGACUACAGGCUGAACAAGCAGAUCCGCCCGCAUUGCCUGGCAUUCCGACAGGGCCUGGCCAACGUCGUCAGCCUGGAGUGGCUGCGGAUGUUUGAUCAGCAGGAAAUUCAGGUAUUAAUUUCUGGUGCACAAGUUCCCAUAAGUCUCGAGGACCUAAAAUCCUUUACAAACUAUUCAGGAGGCUAUUCUGCUGAUCAUCCUGUCAUUAAGAUCUUUUGGAGAGUUGUAGAAGGUUUCACUGAUGAAGAAAAGCGCAAAUUGCUCAAGUUUGUUACGAGUUGCUCUCGGCCCCCUCUCUUGGGUUUUAAGGAGCUGUACCCUGCGUUCUGCAUCCACAAUGGGGGCUCCGACCUGGAGCGGUUGCCCACAGCCAGCACCUGCAUGAACCUGCUGAAGCUGCCCGAGUUCUACGACGAGGCACUGCUGCGCAGCAAGCUGCUCUAUGCCAUUGAGUGUGCAGCUGGCUUUGAGCUGAGCUGAGUGGGCCAGGCAAGCUGGACCAACUGGACCGCACCGAGCGCCCGGCCGCACCCAUGGGUCUCCCAGAUGCCCGCCUUUUUCCUGCCCUCCUCCCCCCAUCAUCUCUUAGAUGAUUUUUAUCACACGUGGUCACAUAUUUAGAUGAACACUGCUUUUCAGAGAACUUAAGUAACUAUUGUUGUGUGCCGUGUGGCUGAUUGAGUAACUCUCCAAGAAGAGCACAGUCUUAGACCAGUGGCAACCCCGUGAAAUUAACCAAAGAUGAAGCUGUGGUUCUGCUGACCCGGAGCAGGUCCCCCGGCUGCAGCCCCUGGCCCUUGCUGCAGUCUGCAGAGACGGGGAUCUAGCCAGUACCACUAGUUUCUCCUGCGGUUGAUGGUUUACAGGCCUGGUUGUUAGAACUGCUGCCUUUGCCCAGAGUGGUUAGGUCUGGAGAACAGAUAACUAUAGUGUUACUUUGUGCUUUUUAAGCCAUUCCCCUAGGAGGGACUAGCAUGCUCGUGUUCCGUGUCACAUUGACUGCAUCGUGAUGGCUUGGGUAUUGCUGUGUGGGUAUGCGGUGGGUGCCUCGAUCCUCACUCGCUCAUUUUUGUCUCCACUCUUCUGGGAGAGCUGGGGCAGAGGAGGAGGGUCCCUGCACCGAGCCUGCAUGCCUCCUGCAGUGAAUGGUGUCUAGGGAGAGUAUUAAAGUUAUUUGAACCAAAGUAGCGGGCUGCGUCUGUCCAUGACCACACACCCCUCCAGGCCUGGGCCACACCACCCCUCCUGGGCAUCUUGGGGUAACACAUGGGCCCUCCGUGCCCUCCGCCCCGUGCUGCUGCUUGGACUUGAAGACAGCGUCCUUGGUGCACUGGGGGUGGAAGUAUUGGGAGAUUCUCACAUAGGCACUUUAUUGGGACCUGACUCGUCACUGGGCAACCUCAGCUUCUGCCAACAGGCAGGAGCACCAGCUAUGGCUCAGAGCAUGCGGUGUGGGCCACACGUGUGGAUGCUGGAGAGGAGGAGGACCCCCGCCUGACCUCACAAAGCCUAGUGUCGCAGGGCAGGGCUCUGGGGCUGCUGUAAGAUUCACCAGAACUAGCAAUAUACUUCUCAGUGUGCAGAAACUGAUGACACUUUUAAGACAAUGACCAUUGAAACAAAUGUAUAAUUUCUUAAUUUGAAAAUAAAUUGUGUUUAAAUGCUAUUUGUAGUCUUGAUAUACAGAAAUAAAUAGUGUUUAUCUUCGG